AUGAAGACUUUUCCCUUCUUUUUCUUCGCAAGGGCUUUAACUCUUCGUGGAAACGGUGCAGGGGCAGAAGGGAAGCGGAGGCCGGAGAAGGCCGGCGUCGGUGACGAGUCGGUCUGGGCGGGCAGGCGCACGUGCUGCGGGGCGGACCAGUGCCCGUCUCCUCUCGAGCGCUCCGCCGGGCGCUGUUCCUGCACCCUUACAACUGCAGCGGUUUUGCUCUGCCUUCUGGCAUCGCUGCUCCGGAGGUUUCAGAGUACGUUAGUUAUAGCAGAACACAACAAUGAGACUCUUACACCCAUUACACUAAAUACUAUCACUGCGGCAAAACGUCUUGGAGGUGAAGUUUCUUGUUUAGUAGCUGGUACCAGCUGUGACAAGGUAGCACAAGAACUCAGCAAAGUGCAGGGUGUGGUAAAAGUUCUAGUGGCUCAGCACGAUGUAUACAAGGGAUUUUUAGCAGAGGAGCUGACUCCCUUGAUUUUGGAAACUCAUAAAAAAUUUAAUUACACCCACAUUUGCGCUGGAGCAUCUGCCUUUGGGAAGAAUCUUAUUCCCAGAGUGGCUGGCAAACUUGAUGUUGCCCCUGUUUCUGACAUUAUUGAAAUUAAGUCACCAGACACUUUUGUGAGAACUAUCUAUGCAGGAAAUAUUCUUUGCACUGUGCAGUGUGAUGAAGCGAUUAAAGUGUUUACCGUACGGGGAACUUCUUUUGAGGCUGCACCAACAACUGGUGGUAGUGCCAGUUUAGAAAAGUUAACCCCUCCACCGCCUGUUGGUCUGUCUGAAUGGAUUGAGCAGAAGUUGACAAAAAGCGAUCGACCAGAGCUUACUAGUGCAAAGGUGGUUGUAUCAGGUGUAUAUGAUCUUGCGGAUCAAUUGCACGCUGCAGUUGGAGCUUCCCGUGCAGCUGUUGAUGCUGGCUUUGUUCCUAAUGACAUGCAAGUUGGACAGACGGGCAAAAUAGUAGCACCAGAACUUUAUAUUGCCGUGGGAAUAUCUGGAGCAAUCCAACACUUGGCUGGGAUGAAAGACAGCAAGACCAUUGUUGCUAUUAACAAGGAUCCAGAAGCUCCAAUUUUCCAAGUGGCAGACUACGGACUGGUGGCAGACUUGUUCCAGGCGGUGCCGGAGAUGACGGAGCUCCUGAAGAAGAAGAAGUGAGCAACGGUGAUGGGCCCUGCACUGCAGUGUGGGGUGGGGACUAAGGGCAAAUAAAGGAUUGUACUGGAAAGAGGUGGGGU